AUGCCGAAGACGAAGGCUUCCGCUCCAGCAGUGCGAUGUGGCCUGUUUGAAGAUCCGGACGACGAAAGUAUGAUCGCAUGCGAUUUAUGCGAUAUGUGGUAUUACUACAAGUGUGUGCAUGUAGGAGAUUCAGUAGCGGAUCGUUCUUGGACCUGUCCAGGUUGCAGUGAAGAACUGCUUGCGGCCAGUACACCGGUUGGUCGACAAAAGAAUUCCGUUUCCUCACGUCGUUCGUCGAUCACGGUAAGCACCAGUGCAUCAGCCCGUGCAAUAAGAGCCGCUUUGGAAUUGCAGCAGUUGGAGGAUCGGAAGCGAUUGGAGUUGCAGCGGGUUCUCGAGGAGGAAGAGCGUCGAAAGCAAGAGGCGGAAUUGGAGAAAGCCCGCAUCGAGCAGGAGAAGCUGCAACGUGAGAUGGAGGCGCAACUCGAACGCCGUCGUUUGGACGAAGAACGUCAUCAGCAAGAACAAGAAAGGCUGCAGCGCAAAAGGGAGGCAGAACUGGAGCGAAAGCGGCUGGAAAACGAACGUCGGCAGCAGGAGCAGGAGCAAGCACUAGCGAAGAAGAAACUGGACGAUGAGAAAUCCCGUUCUGAAUUGCUCCGGAAGCUGGAGGAGAAGUAUCUCGCCGAAAAGUAUCGGAUUUUGAACGCCCAACUGGAAGGAUCAGUCCGUAGAUGUAGCUCAAUGAGCAGCAUUAGUUUCGAUCAAUCGUCUGAUGGAGCAAAAGCCCUUCCAGAUCACCAGAGCAGAGGAACCAAGAAGAUCGUCGAAAAAUCGAUCGUGCGCAGAAUGCCAAAAACGCAGAACGGGAAUGCCUGUAUAGGAUGCGGAUUGAAGAGAAGAAACGCCGUGAAGAGUUCCGGGUUCCGGGAGUUGGAGCAGAUGGGUUUUGCUGAAAAACACAAAACAUUGUACGCACCUCGCGCGCAAAGGGUAAAAGACUCGGUGGACAACCUCGAAAAGGAAAACUCCAACCCACCGGAGGUACUCUCAGUUCCCCUACCGAUGGAAAAAUCCGAACCUCCAAGGACCGAGGACAGCGUCCGCAUAUCCGGGAUGAUGGGCCGGGGCCCUCUGACCAUCGUGACCAGAGACAGCCUGAUAUUCCACGCAACAGGUCACCGGGUCUACCAAGGAUUCCCGAAGAAAAUCAUCCAAAUCCAGGUUCGAAUGCCCCUAGGGAAGGAACACGCCCAGACCAAUUACGGGCACCUACGCAACCCAAUCGCGGAGCAUUCGGCCUGA